AAGAAACAACACACAGUGAAACACAGCGACGGCCGUGUGAGGUGAAAGUGUUCACAAUGAUCCUCAGCUCAACUGAAGGGAGAUUUUAUUGAUUUGGACUAAAUACAUGACUUGGAUUUGCGUUUGAGCGGCAGCAUGCAGACUCAGAUUGUUGGCGUGUGUUUGGCAAUCGUCGGCUUCCUCGGCACCAUCCUGAUCUGCGGGCUGCCCAUGUGGAAGGUGACGGCCUUCGUCGGGGCAAACAUUGUGACCUCUCAGGUGUUCUGGGAAGGUUUGUGGAUGAACUGUGUGAUCCAGAGCACGGGUCACUCUCAGUGUAAGGCCUACGACUCCGUCCUGGCUCUGCCGCAGGAUCUGCAGGCGUCCCGUGCUCUGGUCUGCGUCUCCAUCGCCGUCAGCGUGUUGGCCAUCGGGCUCACCGUGGUCGGGGCGCGAUGCACCAACUUCCUCCAUGAUGACAGGCUGGCCAAGUCUAACGUCGGCCUGGCUGGAGGUCUGGUGUUUGUGUUAGCCGGGAUCCUGUGUGUGAUUCCUGUCAGCUUGUCGGCUCACAGCAUCAUCACAGGUUUCUACAACCCCCUACCCACCUCGGAGAGGAGGGGAGAGCUCGGGGCCUCCAUAUACGUGGGCUGGGCGUCUGGAGCUCUGCUCAUCAUCGGAGGAGGGGUGCUGUGUAGCACCUACAGGUGCUGAGGACGAGAGGAGGAGGAGAUUACAUGAAGACAUACAUCAACUGUAAUGGGAAAUGACCAGCAGUGUGUUUAUUCUAAUGGUUACCGUAUAUCCUCAAAUAGUAGCCGGGGCUUCUAUUACUAAAAAAUCAGUUUGGGACCCGGCUAAUAAAAGAGGCAGGCUAUUAUUUGAAGGAGGCUUUUAUUAAAAAAGAAAAUCAGAGCAGCUCUGACCAGCAUUUUUUAGAGUGUUUUACACAGCGCAUUGUAGCCAGUUACCCGGAUGUCGGCCAUAUUGGAAGUACUCGGAUGUAAACAAACAAUGAACAGCUGAAUGUU